ACAUGCGCCGUGCGCGCACUGCGGAGCGGCGCGGAGGGGCGCGCAGCGGGAACGCGGCUGCCGCCGCAGCCCUGCGCAGCCCCGGGGGCAGCCGCGGAGGGAGAGACCCCCCCCCUCCGAACCCCCGAAGCCGGCGGAGGAAAUGCCCAGCAGUAGAUAACAAACCCCAAAACUGCCUUCUGUCCCGCCCUGGCCCCAUGAAGGAGGAUGGCAGCAGAGCAUCAUCCCUCUGCUCUCUCAUGCAGUAUGAAGCAGGACACUGAGGCUGAGCUGCAGGAGAGGCGUGAGGGCUCGCCGGCAGCAUGCCGCUGGUGAAGAGGAAUAUCGAGCCCCGGCACCUAUGCCGGGGGGCUCUUCCCGAGGGGGUGACGAGUGAGCUGGAGUGUGUCACCAACAGCACACUGGCUGCCAUCAUCAAGCAGCUGGGCAGCCUCAGCAGGCACGCAGAGGACAUCUUCGGAGAGCUGUUCAAUGAAGCCAACAGCUUCUACAUGAGGAUGAACUCACUGCAGGAGAGGGUGGACCUGCUGGUCAUCAAGGUGACGCAGCUGGACUCCACGGUGGAGGAAGUUUCACUGCAGGACAUCAACAUGAGGAAAGCCUUCAAGAGCUCCACAGUGCAGAACCAACAGGUCGUGUCUCGCAACUCCAUCCCCAACCCGGUAAUGGAGAUGUACCAGCGCUGCGACAAGCCCCCACCGCUCAACAUCCUCACGCCCUACAGGGAUGACAAAAAGGAUGGCCUCAAAUUCUACACUGACCCCUCCUACUUCUUCAACUUAUGGAAGGAGAAAAUGUUGCAGGCAACAGAAGAUAAGAGAAAGGAGAAGCGCAGGCAGAAGGAGCAGCGGCUGGUGGAAGACUCCACCCGGGAGGUGAAGAAAGUGAGGAAAGCCCGCAACCGGCGCCUGGAGUGGAACAUGAUGGCGUAUGAUAAAGAGUUCCGGCCCGAUAACAGGUUCUCACCAUCCCCCUAUCACAUGGCGUCGUCGGAAGGAUCACUGUCCCCAGAUAAUAGAUCUUACGCAUCGGAUGCGGCUGACCACUCGUACCCAGCGAGCCCCAACCACCCGGCACAGCUCCUGGCACCAGCGUCCCACCAGGCCCCAGUGGAGCACAAGGAGGGGGUGCUGGUGGCUGCCCCCCCCCAGGAGCACGUCUACCGCCCGUCAGCAGGCAGCCGGCAGAACAGCCUCAACCGGCUCCAGCAGCCCCAUGUGCCGCAGCCCCCCGAGGCCAUCCUCAAUGGGCCGAGACCUCACCUAGUCAAGGAGUACGGCCCGCAGCCGGUGCCCAUGGCAGAGUACUUCGUGCCGCCCGCCCCGCCGCCCCCCCCGCCCGUCAUCCCCUCGGCACAGACCGCCUUCGACAGCCCCAUCUCGGCUCCCCCUGCGCUGGCCCCCGGCUCUGCUGGCCCCCCAUCCUACGCACCCUCACCCCCUCCGGUGCCCCCCGGGCCCUACUCCGCUUCCCCGCCGCAGGCUGGCCCCAUGGGACCCCCGGUGGCACCCCCGCCACCGCCGCCAGGGCCCCCCGCUAUUGCAGCCUCACCGGCACACUCGGCAUCGCCACCGGCUCCCACCGUGGAGCCUCGGAAGCCGCAGAUCCCGCUGAUGCCCAUGAGCGAUGCCCGGAGCGACCUGCUGGCGGCCAUCCGCAGGGGAAUCCAACUCCGGAAAGUCCAGGAGCAAUGGGAACAAGAGGCCAAAAAGGAGCCGGUGGGCAACGACGUGGCGACGAUCCUGUCCCGCCGGAUCGCGGUGGAGUACAGCGAGUCCGACGACGACUCGGAGCUGGAUGAUAACGAGUGGUCAGACUGAGGGGCCCCGGGGCUGGGCGGGCACGGAGCAUCCCAGCUCCGUACCAGGGGUGUGCAGGCACCUUCCCCAACCUCGAUGCCGACAAGCGCGGGCAGCCCCGCUCAUUCCGGAGCUUUGCUUUUACACUAUGUCAAAACCCCUUCAGGCAGCAGCAGCACUGGUAGGAUACACCUCGGAGGCAGUGAGACCCGAAGUUAGCAGCACCUUCAUGUUUAAUGACUGCUCUGAAGGCAGGAUUAAAUAGGAUUACUUAAGGUUUACACCUGGAGCAAGACCAGAGACCAGCCCUGAGUGUGCUUUGCUAGGGAAGGGAAACCCAGAGGCAGUAGUGCUUUGUCAGCUAGACAUCAAAUGUGUUAAUGGGAAGCUCCUGGAAAAGAAGCCUGUUUGCACAGCUGGUGCCACCAUGGGUGUGCAGGGGUGGCCAAGCACUCAGUUUGGGGAUGCUCUGCUGCCUGCAUUUGCAGGAUCCGGCAGCUCCAAAGGCUACGAGUGGGCAGGAGCCUCCUUCCCUAUAGAAUCAUUCAAUUAUAGAAUAGCUUGGGUUGGAAGGGCCCCUCAAAGCUCAUCUUGUCCAAACCCCUGCAGUGAGCAGGGACAUCUCCAAUUAGACCAGGUUGCCCAGAACCACAUCCAGCCUUGCCUUGCGUGUCUCCAAGGAUGGGGUAUCCACCGUCUCUCUGGGCAGCCUGUUCCAAUAUUUUACCCCAUUUCGUAUAGGAAUGGUCACCACUGUCCUGUUGCUCCCUGGAGAAGACCAAGGCAUUGGUGACCUGAGCCUGUUUCCAUCCUUUAGGGCUACUUUCUGGGGGGAAAAGGGUGAAGGCAAGGCUUGUGCAGCUGGCAGGGAAACACAGCACUUGUCUAGGCUUUGAAAGGUGCAAUGUGUGAUGUCCUCAGGGGAAAAGGGGCUGCUGGCAAGGGAGCAGAGGUGUCAAGGGAGCUUCCCCAAGCCCAGCUCUCCUUGGCCUUAGUGCUGCACCAUUUCAGUAUUAUUUGGGGAAAAAAUAAAUAGGCAAAAUGCUGCUUUUAGGUAAACUCUCAACUUGCACUUUGCAGCCCCAGAAUCUGCACUUGUACAACUGGGAUCGGCUCAGAUCCAGGCACUAAUUCUGACCUGAUCCUGCCCCAUCCCUUACCUCACCACUGGGCACUGAUAGGGGACCCCAGAGAGCUGGCACCCCAGCAUGGCACUGAAAAUACCACUUUGCUUGUCAAACAGAGCAUGAUUCAUUCAAAGCCU